GCGACAAGGAGGCGGGGCCGUGGGGAAGCCGAAGCCGCGGGCAGCGCGGGGAGGUGGGCUGCCGCCGAGGUGUCGGCGUUUCCCGGCGAGUGAUGGCGCCCCCCGCGGCCUAGAGGUCGAGGCGCGCGGCGAGCCGCAGGCGGCCCCGGGACCCGUGAAGAUGUCGGUGCGGCUGGCCAAGCUGCCCUGCGCGGCAUAUCAGUGCUUUCAUGCCUUAAAAAUUAAGAAAAGUUAUCUACCUCUGUGUCAUGCAAGAUGGUCUUCAACUUCUGUUGUACCUCGAAUUACUACCCACUAUACUAUUUAUCCCCGGGAUACGGACAAGCGAUGGGAAGGAGUGAACAUGGAGAGGUUUGCAGAAGAAGCAGAUGUAGUUAUAGUUGGUGCAGGCCCUGCAGGACUUUCUGCAGCUGUUCGUCUAAAGCAAUUGGCUACUAAACAUGAAAAGGACAUCCGUGUGUGUCUAGUAGAGAAAGCUGCUCAAAUAGGAGCUCAUACUCUCUCAGGGGCUUGCCUUGAUCCACGUGCUUUUGAAGAAUUAUUCCCAGACUGGAAGGAGAAGGGAGCUCCACUGAAUACUCCAGUAACAGAAGACAGAUUUGGAAUUUUAACAGAGAAAUAUAGAAUUCCUGUGCCAAUUCUCCCAGGUCUUCCAAUGAAUAAUCAUGGCAAUUACAUUGUACGCUUGGGACAUUUAGUAAGCUGGAUGGGAGAACAAGCAGAAGCCCUUGGUGUUGAAAUAUACCCUGGUUAUGCUGCUGCUGAGGUCCUUUUUCAUGAAGAUAGUAGUGUAAAAGGAAUUGCCACUAAUGAUGUAGGGAUACAAAAGGAUGGUGCACCAAAGACAACGUUUGAGAGGGGACUAGAACUACAUGCAAAAGUUACAGUUUUUGCAGAGGGUUGCCAUGGACAUCUAGCCAAACAACUAUAUAAGAAGUUUGAUUUGAGAGCCAAUUGUGAUCCUCAAACCUAUGGAAUUGGACUGAAGGAGUUAUGGAUUAUUGAUGAAAAGAAGUGGAAGCCAGGGAGAGUGGAUCACACUGUUGGCUGGCCCUUGGACAGACACACUUAUGGAGGCUCCUUCCUCUACCACUUAAAUGAAGGCGAACCCCUGGUAGCCCUUGGUUUUGUGGUCGGUCUAGACUACCAGAAUCCAUAUUUGAGUCCAUUCAGAGAGUUCCAGAGGUGGAAACACCAUCCUAGCAUUCAGCCAACACUGGAAGGUGGAAAAAGGAUUGCAUAUGGAGCCAGAGCCCUGAAUGAAGGUGGCUUUCAGUCUAUACCAAAACUCACCUUUCCUGGUGGUUUACUAAUUGGUUGUAGUCCUGGUUUUAUGAAUGUACCCAAGAUCAAAGGUACCCACACAGCAAUGAAAAGUGGAAUUUUGGCAGCAGAAUCUAUUUUUAAGCAACUAACUAGUGAAAAUCUCCAAUCAAAAACAAUUGGACUCCAUGUAACUGAGUAUGAAGACAAUUUAAAGAAAUCAUGGGUGUGGAAAGAGCUAUAUACUGUUAGAAAUAUAAGGCCGUCCUGCCAUGGAAUACUGGGCGUAUAUGGCGGGAUGAUUUACACUGGAAUCUUUUACUGGAUAUUUAGAGGAAUGGAGCCAUGGACUCUAAAGCACAAAGGUUCUGACUCUGAUCAGCUCAAGCCAGCCAAGGACUGCACGCCUAUUGAGUAUCCAAAACCCGAUGGACAGAUCAGUUUUGACCUUCUGUCGUCUGUGGCGCUGAGUGGUACUAACCACGAGCAUGACCAGCCAGCACACUUAACCUUAAGGGACGACAGUAUCCCUGUAAAUAGAAAUCUGUCCGUAUACGAUGGACCGGAGCAGCGCUUCUGCCCUGCAGGAGUUUAUGAAUUUGUACCUUUGGAACAAGGUGAUGGAUUUCGGUUACAGAUAAAUGCUCAGAAUUGUGUACACUGUAAAACAUGUGAUAUUAAAGAUCCAAGUCAGAAUAUUAACUGGGUGGUACCCGAAGGUGGUGGAGGACCUGCUUACAAUGGAAUGUAAACUGCAACUGAUUGCAUUUGCGGCACGUUUGAUCGUUUCCUUAAAAUGUAUGGCAAGGUAACUUUACAUAUUUAGAAGUCAACAGGUGUCAAAAUAGUUUACCGCGUAUUACUCAUCAGAAUGUUCAUAAAAUUAUCAAGGAAAUAAAUAAAAACUUUAUACCUAUAACCUAAAUUUGUCCUAUAAAAAAUUAUGAGUAUUUCUCCUACAUAAAACUUUACAAAUGAGGUAACAUCUGCUUACCUCUGUGUUUCUUCAAAGAUUCAGUACCAGUAGCAAAUACACUGCUGGCCUUUAAUGCAGAUUUGACUUGUCAAAUUCAAGAGUUCAGGUAUAAAAAUGUAUAUUCUAGGCCAGAGGUCAGCAGGCAGCCCACCACUUUUCUCAUGGGUAGUUUUACUGGGACACGAGGACGUCCAAUGGCCUACAGACUCUGUGGCUACAACUGCAGAAAUGAGUAGUUGUGACAGAUGAUCAUGGUCCACAAAGCCUAAAAUAUUUUACUGUCUGGCCCUUUGGAGAAAGUUUGCCGACCCCUGAAUAUCUGUAACAAAACAUCAGCAAAAACCAACCAAAGAGAAAUACAUCAGAGAAUUAAGGGAAACAAUACAAACUUAAGUCACAAUCCUGUUUAUUCAACACAAUGUGUUGGAACACAUUGGAUACCAUUAUUCUUUGUGAUUAAUGCAAAUAGGCAUUUAAAAAAAAAAUCCACUGUUUCUGUAACACUGUUAAGAGUGAAUUCUUUUCAGUAUUCUUAAACUGUAAACAAUGGGAAACUGAAGUAUCAAAGGAAACACAUCAGGGAUCAUACAUAACAGACAAAGCCUUUAAAUGUUCUUAUUGCCUUUAUACACAACCAAUGCAUAUUUAAAUUUAAGUAAAACCGAGUUUCUUCUUAGGCAAACAUUUUUGCAUAUGCUGCCUUCUCUUUAUCUUUCUGUGCCUUUAUCUUUUGUUUGACUUUCAGCAAUUCUGCCUGGAUAGCUGUAAAAUAAAUAUGUAAUAGAUGUAAUAGGAGUUAUUUCUCAAAACAUCCAAAAAAUUAGAAUGCCCAACAACUGAUGUUUUAGUAGGAUAGUUUCUUCCUCCCUGCUGAUAAAAACUCUUCUCUGUAACUGAGCUCAAUUAAGAACACAUUUCACUGACAAAGUAAUCACACAAACACAAAAACCACAUAAUUUUAGAACACUGAGAAUUUUAGAACUCUCUCAAUCUGAGAAAAGUCUAACUGAAUUAUAUGUAGAUUUGCCUUCUGUCUCCCCAUUAGAGAAGGCAAUUGAGCGCCUCCCCUGUUGUACUUUAGCAGUGAGAGACCAAGACGUAUUUCAGUACCUAGAUCUCUUAUCACUAUUGUAGCAGGCGUAUUUGAAAAACUAAGUUUUGUCCUAACUUUUCAAAGCUUUCCUAAAAUAUACAUCCAGUAACUAGAAUACUUGUAUUACGGCCUCAUUCUGCUUUAAGGAAUGGUCCCAGACAUUAAAUGUAUCAUAAAUACUGUUAGCUUUUAGUGCUGUGUUUUCAACUACAAUUAGUUAAUAGGAAUCAGAUCUCAAAUGAUACAACAGAAAAACAGUAUUUGAACGUGUGAAAAGGAACCAGAAUGUAAGCUCGUUGAGGGCAGGGACCCUGACUUGUUGGCUGCAGGAAGGUCAGUGCCAGUAAGUGGCACUCUGUGGUAUCUGUUGAACAAAUAAGUGGCAAAGGAUACAAUGGUUCAUGACAAUAAAUUCUUACAAGACAAAA